AUGGUGCAGCCACCCGCAUAUCGUACAUUUCUACAGAUCCGAUACAACCGAAUUUCUUGGACUAACCUCAACACACGUCUAGCAAAUCUCAACACACGUCUAGCAAGACCGAGUGAUAGCGAUACUAACCUACAAUGGAUGAAAGAGUUGGCCGAUGCUAUGUGUUACCUACACUCCAAGGACAUCGUUCAUCGAGAUCUGAAGCCAGAAAACGUAUUACUGACCGGUGAUGAGUGCGUCAAGAUGGGGGACUUUGGUCUCGCCAGAGAGUAUGCAGCUCUCAAACAAGACAAUGCCCGACGAUCAGACAGAGUCCUUGUGUCUUAUAUGAUGAAUAUGUACAUGAAUACAGUCGCAGGAUCAGGUGCAUGGAUGGCACCCGAGGUGUCUGACGGACACUAUACGGAGAAAGCAGACAUCUUUUCGCUCGGUACGAUAUUCUACUCCAUUGUUGAGCGAAAGAGCCUGAUCGUUGGUGACAAGAAAUACUUCGGAGCAUUUGUCAACACCCGUGGCCAAGAGAUCGGCCUUGGCAUGGCGAUGAAAAGUGAUCGUAAUAUUAUGGUGCCGCUGGAUGGAUUGCCACGCUCUACGAAGGAACUGCUUCGUGAUAUGCUAGAUUACAACCCCAGGAACAGACCCAAUGCAGAAGAAGUACUUGAAAAGGUGGAAGCAAUCAUCAGUAACAUCAGUAACAUCAAGCCCAAAGAAGAACAAACCACUCAGCCGACAAGCUCAUUCUUCGUCGUUCAAGUGGUUUUCAAAAGAGUCAGUUAUCCUAAGAACUAUUACUGGCCGUUUUCACUCAUUCCCAAGAGAAUGAAAUAA